AUGGAUAGACAAGUUGCUCAGAUUGAGGCAUGGCUGGCUGAAGAUGAUAGCCGUGACGAUCUUUAUGACGAUUUCUCAAGUUCAGAUGAAGAAGACCAUCUUGAGGAGCAGUUUUCUGACUCAGCAUCAGAACAAGACGUCUCAGGUGAGGUUGAAUCUGUCAGUUCAGCUUCUGAAAGUGAAUCAGUUCAGAGCAGAAGACCUGGUGAUAUUUACCUUGGUGUGGAUAACACUGUCUGGACAAAGACAGCGCCUCUGAAUAGGGGAAGAACUAGGACCCAUAAUAUUGUUUUUGUGCCUCCGGGUGCUAAAGGAAUCGCACGUCAGAAAACUAGUCCUGCAGAUUGUAUGUCACUGUUUUUAGAUGAUAAUAUAAUUGAUCUCAUUACAAAAUACACUAAUAUAAAAAUUGAUUACAUGAAGGCUAAAUAUGUGAGAGAAAGGGAUAAAUCGUGUGAUAAAUUAUUUUAUAAUUAUUUUGUACAUAAAUAA